UCACGACUGCCCACGCUGAGUAUCACGAACCAUGGGAGAAGAUGGAAUCAUUAAGGAUACGCUCCCUCCCUCCAAGCUUGGAGAAUACACCGUCAUCCAAGAGAUUGCGGAAGGAACGUUCGGCAAGGUCAAGAUGGCGAUACACACUGUUACCGGCCAUAGGGUCGCCAUGAAGUUCAUUUCCAAGCAGGUGAUUAACGCCACGAAGACAAGGACGAGGGUGCAGCGAGAGGUCGAGUAUAUGCGGACGCUUCGGCACGCGCAUAUCAUCAAGCUUUACGAGGUCAUCUCGACGUCGACAGAUAUCAUUAUCGUCCUCGAAUAUGCUGGUGGCGAGCUCUUCAACUACAUUGUUGCCAAUGGCCGCAUGCCCGAACCCCAAGCACGGCGGUUCUUCCAGCAGCUCAUAUCCGGUAUCGAGUACAGUCACCGGCUGAAGAUUGUGCACCGAGAUCUCAAGCCAGAGAAUGUCUUGCUCGAUGAUGAUCUGAACGUCAAGAUUGCCGACUUUGGCCUGUCAAACGAGAUCAAGGACGGUGACUUUCUGAAGACGAGCUGCGGCAGCCCCAACUAUGCAGCACCAGAAGUUAUCCGUGGCGGACUCUACACCGGGCCUGAGAUUGACGUCUGGAGUUGCGGAGUGAUUCUCUACGUUAUGCUCUGCGGCAGACUACCGUUCGAGGACGAUGACGUCCAGACGUUGUUCACGAAGAUCAGCCAGGGCGUGUAUCACAUGCCCUCCUACCUCUUACCCGACGCCAAGAACCUCAUUACGGGCAUGCUCGCGGUCGACCCUGUGAAGCGCAUCACUGUACCCGAGAUUCUCCAGCAUCCGUUCUUCACCACCGACCUCCCCCGCUACCUGCAGCCGCUGCCACCACCGCCAGGACCCAUCUUGGGCCCGCUGUCCUCACUGGUCUCGCCGCCAAAGGCUCUCGACUACGAGCUCAUCGAGGGUCUGGGCCGCAUCGAGGACGACGUCGUCGAUGACCUCGCUUCGCGAAUGGAGGGUGUCGAUAAGGACGACAUCUACGACAGCCUACGGCGAGAUGACGGCCCGCAAGGGAAUGCAGUCAAAGUGGCAUAUACGCUCCUGCGCGACAAGCGACGUCUAGGACGCGACCUUGCCGAGUUUAUGGAGCAAGAGCGUGACGCAGAGCUGGCAGCCAUGGACCCCCGCAACCCGCUGUCGCCGAACGCGAUCUCCCCAGGCGGUGGGACCGAGCUCGAGGAGAACCCGUUCGACUCCGAGUUCAACGAGUACGACGAGGACGAAGACGACGGGCUCGACUUCUCGACGCCGCAGAACGAGUCGGAGAACAACUUCGCCGUCCUUAACUCGUCGCUACCCGACCAGCUGCCCGAGCAACACCACCUUGCGUCCUACGUCACCGCCAAGCGGACGUUCCCGCCGGUGAAGGAGAAGAAGCAGCACCGGACCAAGUGGCACUUUGGCAUACGCAGUCGGUCGCCGCCGAUGGAAGUCAUGCUGGAGAUCUACAGGACGCUGAAGGCGCUUGGUAUGGAGUGGAAGGAGAAGGGCGACCUUGGUGGGCUCGGCGGAAUUCGGCGUGGACGCGGGUCUGAACGGGCGAAGAUCGAGCGGGCGCGGGAGUACGAUGGGAACUAUGUCGACCUACGGGCGGCGGCGGCGAUAUACUUCAUCGAGACGCGGGCGAGGGUCCAGGAUGUUGUGGUAUUGAUGAACUUGCAAUUAUACAUGGUCGACUCGAUCAACUACCUCGUCGAUUUCCACCACAAGAAGACAUACAAGGCGUCGAUGGAGCCCGGGACGGGCAAAUUCGACAUGGCGCACUCCGACUACAACCUGUCCGAGACAGCAUCCGAGUGCAGUCGGUCGAUCAAGGACUUCAGCAUCCGAGAAGACGAGGUCGUCUCGCCGUUUGUCUUCAUGGAUGUCGCGUGCCGGCUGAUCCUCGAGCUUGCGGGCGGCACCGAGUAAGGCCCAUACGUGUUUUCUGUAUUCUUAUAAUACUCUCGAUGCGCUAUGCUUGUUGCUAUUAUCUUCGUCGCUUGGAGUCAUUGACUUAACCACCACCAUUCCCGCUACCCUCGUCUUCGCGUCCGUACUAGUGCACGGCUGCUUGCUUUCCGGAUAUAUUUACGUUAUAUCUCGUCGAUUCUCUAUACCAAAAAUGUGUACACUAACGCUCCUAUGAUAAGCACACGAAGCAGAGCUCACGACAUGCAAUAGCUUCUCCGCGUGCAAAGUGCACCUCUCGUCCUAGUUGUUGUCAAGUUGAAUCCUCGCAGAUAGCUUCGUACGUGACUUGAUGAUCAUAAGUUCGAUGGCGGCCUGCCCAGCGAACAGCCAGCCCAUUUGGGGGUUGACGAGGAAUUGUGCCAGUUAGUUGAGCAGCCGGCUUUGUACGAUGAGAUCGACCACUCCGUGACAUACCACCUUCGCCCUGCGCCUUCCGGAUGCAGAGCGAAGUGCUUCUCGGCAACUCAGCAGUGUCUCCUAGGAGGCCGAUUG